AUGAAAGAACACGACUAUUACCCCGUAGACACCAAGGGCCCUGACUUGCCUGCGCCAUCCACCCAGCGUGCUCGCCGUCGCGCGCCGCUAGGCGUGCGGCUCGCAGUUCUGGCCGCUCUGGGUUGCGCAGCGUACGUGGCUUUCCCGCGUCAAGUCGCGCACCUCACACCGGAGGAACAACGUCUCCAGGCAUACAUUGACGGUGUGGCCAUCAAGGGCUUCAACCUCGCGACAUGCAAGGGCCACCAUCGCCACAGGAUCCCACCGCACAAAGCGGAGGAGAUCUACCUCGCAGUGCCGAGCAACGACUCGUGUGCAGCCGCGUCGCAGCGCUACACGGCGAACGCGCAUCCUGGCGGGAGCGGAUGGGACAUGGUCACGGCCCAGAUGGUCAAGGGUGACUGGGAGCGGGAGCUGGGCCUCAAGCCGAGCUGGUACGACCAGCACAUCUUCGAGGCCGGUAGCGCCGCGUCGCAGGCUCGCGUGCGCGACUCGCAUAAAGCCAAGGAUCCGUAUGUGUGGAUCGACACAUAUUACCCCGUCAUGAACACUCCCGUGUACGCCGGCGUGACUCUCCUCUCUGACCCGCCUGUGCGUGCCAAAUUGCGGGAGGCGCACCUUGAGGGUGAUCCGGGGUCGGAGCUGGCCGACGAGGUCCGCGUCUUCCACGGACUGAGUGUGAGCGGCGACGUGACUGCCCAGUACAUCUAUGCCGGGUAUGGGCGGAAGGACGACUUUGACCUCCUCCAGUCCAAGGGCGUGGACUUUACUGGUAAGAUCGCGCUGGUCAAAUACGGCGGCAACUUCCGCGGUCUCAAAGUCAAGGCCGCGCAAGAGGCUGGCGCUGUCGGCUGCAUCAUCUUCACGGAUCCUGGAGACGACGGCGAGAUGACUGAGUGGAACGGCCACAAGCAGUAUCCUGAUGGCCCCGCGCGUGUCCAAUCGAGUGUGCAGCGCGGCUCGGUUCAGUUCCUCUCCAAGUAUCCCGGCGACCCGACGACGCCCGGCAAGCCAGCUUACAAGAACGCAACGCGCGACGAGGGCGGAAACUUCCCCUCCAUCCCUUCCGUCCCAAUGUCGUACGAGGACGUGAUCCCCAUCCUCAACGCUCUUAAGGGCCGUGGCAUUCCUGCUGCCGACCUAGGCGACGCCUUCAGCGGUGGCCUGACCCACUGGGGAGUGGAGUAUUGGACUGGGCCGAGCGACACCGAAAUCCACCUCGUCAACGAGGUCAACCGUCGCGUCAUGCCGAUCUGGAACACGAUGGCCUACAUCCCCGGGCACAUCAAGGACGAGGUGGUGAUCAUGGGCAACCACCGCGACGCGUGGGUGCUUGGCGGCGCGGACCCCAACUCGGGUACCGCGAGCCAGUACGACAUGGUGCGCGGGCUCGGCACACUCCUGCGCAAAGGCUGGCGGCCGAUGCGGAGUAUCAUCCUCGCAUCGUGGGACGCCGAGGAGUAUGGGCUCAUCGGAAGUACCGAAUGGGCAGAGGAUUUUGGCGACUGGCUGCAGGCCAACGCGGUCGCGUACCUAAACUUUGACAGUUCAGCAUCGGGGAGUAACUUUGGCGGUGCCGCGAGCCCGAGUCUCGCCCUCCUGCUUCGCGGUGCAGCGGAGCAGAUCACCAAGCCCGACGGACGGAGCGUGUGGGAUGCCAGGGUGGACGGGGGCGCCUGGGGCGCGGCCUCGGUCCACGCAGACGCUUUCGACUUUGACGAACGCAAGGGGAGCGGGAUUCGACCCCUGGGCUCGGGGUCGGACUACACCGCCUUCCUGCAGCGGUACGGUGUCGCAGCGACGGACUUUAGCUUCAAGGGCGGGCCCAGGGACCCCGUCUACCACUACCACAGCGUGUACGACUCGCACACCUGGAUGAGGAAGUACGGCGACACGACGUUUACUCGGCACGCCGAGGGGUCGCGAAUCAUCGGGCUGGUUCUGCUGCGUCUGGCGGACGCGCUAAUUCUACCCCUGAAUACGACGCAAUACGCCCGUGACCUGGUAUACUAUCGGGAGCGGGUGGUGGCCUUGGGUUCUGGAGUUGACUUGGAGCCGCUAGGCGAGGCUAUUGGACAUCUCCAAAGAGCGAGCGCCAAAUUAGAUUUGGAGCGUGAAGAAUUGCUCAAACGUCUCCGUAAAGCACUGUCCAAAUGGUGCUGGGGCCGCAGAACCGAGAUUCGUAAGAUUCUCAAACAAAUCCGCAACGUCAAUGUCAAGUUGCGCGACUUUGAGAAGGGCUUCAUCUCUACCGAGGGGAUUACGGAUCGCGAGUGGUAUAAACACAAGGGGACUGCGCCGGGCAAGUGGCUCGGAUAUGGGGCCACAACUUUCCCGGCUCUUACUGAGGCUAUUACUAUCGAGAACGAUGAGGAGCUCGCGCGCAAGGAGGCGCAAGAGCUCACGGAUAUGAUCUCGGCCAUGGCUGAGCGGCUCAUGAAGUAG